AUGUUACCUGCAGCGGAGGGCGCACUGGCAGCUGACACUCAGCCCCAAACUGAGACCAAACUGCGGGGCCCCGGGACCCAGCAACGUGCCUGCAGCAGCAGCAGCAGGAAUAGUAGCAGCAGCAGCAGGAAUAGAAGCAGCAGCAGCAGGAACAGAAACAGCAGCAGGAAUAGCAGCAGCAGCAGCAGGAACAGAAACAGCAGCAGGAAUAGCAGCAGCAGCAGGGACAGCAGCAGCACCGGCAGGAACAGCAGCAACAGCAGCAGAAAUAGCAGCAGAAGCACCAGCAGCAGGAAUAGCAGCAGUGGCAGCACGAAAAGCAGCAGCAGCAAUAGCACGAAAAGAAGCAGCAGCAGCAGGAACAGCGACACCAGGACCACGAGCAGCAGCAACAAGGCCGCGAAUAUGCAGCAACCCAGUGGGUUACAUGCAAAGGACAGACGAUCAAACCCUAAAACCUAA